AUGCUGGCCUUCUCCCACGUUCAUCCGGAGAGUGGCUCCGACCAAGAGCCGGUGCAGAAUCGUGGCUGUCCGCAUGUGAAGAAGACCUUGGGCGUGAUUGGAUUUCUCUUGGUAGUCUUUGGGCUAGCUUCGAUGCGCUUCUCCAACGAGUGCAUCAAUUUGAAAAGCUUGCAGGGGAAAACCGAGCUGAAUGAUCGCAGUCUAGCAGAGAGCACUGUCUUGAAGGCCAUGAAGCAAGCUGGGCACAAUGCACAAAAGGAUUGGGAGACACAUCACGUUCGCAAACUUGACACCCUUGCAGUUCUGAAAGAGCGCCAAGCAAUCAAGGACUUCCGCCGUGGACAGCACAGUAAGGAAGCCGGGCAUGCAGAAUGUGCUUUCAACAUUCUGGAGGCUUUUGUUUCUGUCGUCGGCAUGGGGGAUGACAUCAAUGGCAUCAUCCGAACGUGCCCUCCACCUCGUGACGGCGAGUCCGAAUUGGCUUGUCAGGUGGAUUCGUCCAUCUUGGUAGCUUGGGUGGGAAAUGCUGCUGCAAAGAUUUCUCUGGCAGCUUCCAACUGCGCUUUGACCCUUAACGUGGACUCAGUGUGUGCAGCAGGGGUCAGUGGCUUGUUGUCCGCCUUCGGAGAGAUUGCCGCUGGUGCUUGUUUGAGUGGUGCUGUGUGCACACCAACCCCUCCUUCGGUGUCUACGAGCCAAAUCAGUGUCUUGGGCGACCAUACUGUGCGAACCGGCCGCAGGCUUUUGAUCGGCCAGGGACCUGUUGGCAAUGGUGUGCAGUGUGGCGUAGAUGUUGGUAUGGUGGCUGCCAACAUUGCAAACAUGGGACUUGCCAUCAACAAAGCGGUGAAUGUAAACCGCUGCGGCAAGUUUGCGACUGAAAAGAAUCCAUUGAAUGUCUUGAAGGGAAUUCCUGCUGCGCUUUGUGUGGUGGACAUUGCAGGAGCAGUGGCAUACAUUGGUGAGGUUGUGACAUUCAUCAAUCUGGUUGUGGUUCAGUGCCAAGACUUCCUGGAUGUGAGUGCUCUUUGUGGCGUUUCCAUUUCUGCUAUUACCACAGGUGCUGCUGCCAUCGCUGCGUACGGAGGAGCGGUGCAUGCCGCUUGCCGCUACAACCAUUUGUUGAAGACUCCGAAAGCUUUGGCCAAGAUCAACGAACUUUGGACCCUCCCAGAUCCUUUGCAUAGACGCUUGGAAGAGGAGCAGCUAGCACCUGAAGAGCAACCAUCCUUGGAGGAGAGCUUGAAAACAAUCAGCGAGAACCGCAUAAGCUUGGAGGAACACCUUGGGCACUUUGGGAUGAACAUCUCUGACAAGUUCACAUAUAGCCAGGCAGACAAGGAGAGGUUCUUGUAUUUGAUGGAAGGUGGACUUGAUGAGAAGUCACGUGCUGCUGAUCCGUUCUUUCAGGAAUGUUAGUUCCUGCUGUGCGGGUACAACACAAGUAAGGAACCAGGCUAGCAUGUUGUCGGGCGUCUUUUUGCUAGACUCACCCAUGAUGGGUGAUCCAAAGCUGGCAGAAAGCAUUUUGCUAGUCUAGUUGCUUGCUCUAAUUUUGGGUGGGCCUUUUCCCACCAAUUCAGCUUAUGGACUCACCUAUCACGAGUGAUCCAAAGCUUGCAGACAUCAUUCUGCAAAUUUAUAGCGGUCCAAUGUUUGCCGCGCGAUAUAUAUAUGGUUGAUGUUUUUUAGAUCUAUGGGAUUUAGAUGGAAAUUAGUAAA